UACACUUAUACAUACUUCAAUUAGAAGUUAGUUAGUUACAAGUUUUUAAUCCAAAAUUUUCCAGUAACUCUCCGAGGAGCUUUUAAAGCAUUAAAGUAUAUCUAAAAUAAUUAGUCUUUGUGCGAAUUUCAAAGCGUAUACACCAUUAUGAAGGUUUUGGCUUACAUAUUUUUUCUGACUAUGAAUACAUUCGAGACUACGAGUGGAAAAAGUGCCUGCGUCGGAUAUAUUAAGCCUAGAAAUCCUUACUGCGGAAUUGCCGCUAAUUGUUACUACCAAGGCGCGAGUCUCUUGCACCUUGGACAAGAGCAGUGUAAACUUCAUGAACUAGGAAGACCUGCAUUUCUGAAAUUCCAGGCCGGAAAGUGUCCCAGCGACAAGCCCAAAUGCAAGAAAACUUAAUGAAGGAAAAACUGCAAGCAUUUUCACUUCACUUUCUUUGGGUAUCUUUUAUAGAAAUUUGUAUGUUACUUUUAAAAAACAAAACCGAACCUAGAACUUAGA